GGGAAAGGGUCCCCGUAGAAAAACGAAAACACGCAGAGAAUGUUGAGUUUAUAAUUUAAGAGGUGUGCGGAUGGAUUAAAGCCGUUUCAAGUAUUAAAUUACACCGUCGUUUUUUAGUGUUUAACCUAGUGAAAUUCAUUCUUUAGGACGCCAAGCUUUUUAGGUACCAAUUUAUUUUGUUCUCAUAUGUCCAUUUUUGGCAAACAUUUUGGCCAAAAGAAACGCCAAAAAAACAACGUCAACGCAAUGAAAUGAGAUUUAACUGGCUGAGCGAAUACUUGGCCCAAAUUAAUACGAGCGCAAUUUACGAGGCGACAACCCAACGCUGGACGCAACUGAGACAUAACGCUGAAGAGUUGUUACAACUUCAACAACAAUUGAGCCCUCAAGCCAUAUACUGCCGCAUUAAGUCAACGUCAGCCGAAGCGCUGGAGCAUAUUUUGAUUGUAUGUGCGGUAUACUUACUAGUAUGCCUGGGCCUAUACAAGUUGACCUUUUGGCUGACGCCAGGCGCAGGCACCGGCAAUACCAACACCAACGAACAGAACAACCGCCAACAUCGUGGAGGAGGAGAAGGUGACGCGGGGGCCAACAGUCUGCGAAACUUUCUACAAUCGGGUCUACGCUUACGUAGCGUACAUCUGCCUCAUGCAGCGAAAAUGGGGCGCGUGCUCCUUGUUACAGCGCAUCCCGAUGAUGAAUGCAUGUUUUUUGGCCCGCUAAUAUACUCGUUAACGCAACGCGAUGGCUGCCAGGUGUAUGUGCUUUGCCUCUCGAAUGUGUCGGCUCUCUUUUUAGGAAACUUUGAGCAGCAGGCGCAACUGCGUCGGGAGGAACUUUGGCGCGCCUGCAAACAUCUGGGCAUUCCCGAGUCCAAUAUUGUGUUGAUGAAUGCCACAAACCUUCCCGAUGAUCCCAAUGUUGAAUGGCGACCGGAUGCCGUAGCUAAUUUGAUAUUACAUACGGUCGAGAGUCUCGAUAUACAAGCAAUUUUCACCUUCGAUCGUGACGGCGUCAGCUCGCAUCCAAAUCAUUGUGCCGUUUAUUAUGCAGCAGCAUCAUUGUGCUUGGCCAAUUUAUUGCCUAAAGCCUGCAAGUUUUAUACGCUAGACACAAUCAAUAUUGUGCGCAAAUAUUUGUCCGUUUUCGAUUUGCUGUGCACCUGCUUUAUGUCCACGCAUUGGUGCAUCUUAAGCUGGAAAGAGGCGGCCAUUGUCAGGCGCGCCAUGCUGGAGCAUAAAUCACAAAUGAAAUGGUUUCGUUGGCUUUACAUUUAUACAUCGCGCUACAUGUUUAUAAACUCGCUGCGCGAAAUCAAUCUCUCGGAUGUUGAACUGGAAAUGCAAAUACAUGAUAAUUAGUGAAUGGAUUUUCCGUUCGUUGUUUAAAUUUUUGUUCUCUUUAGGUUUGUUUAAAGCUAAAAACAAACAGAACACCAAAAAGACAAACUACCUUCGUAAAACGAAAGCUUGGCCCUUGCGUCAAGCCUUGACACUGACGAUUCUACUACUACUUAUUAGCAGGUACUACCUAAAACUUUAUAGGCAUUACAAAUAAAAGCGCUUUGAACUAGCCAAAUUCUAUAGAAUUUUUUGUGGUAGCGAUCAUAGAAAAUCCAACCAGGGAGCAACUACACAUAAUUAUGAUUACCAAACCCAAUAAAUAUCAUUGUUAGUCACAUAUACAUACACACACACACACACGUACACACAUAUCUAUAAACUAGACUCACUGCAACAUUAUUAUUUAAAGCAAUGUUCCAAAAUGUGCGAUAAACUUGUAGUCAUGUGUAAAAAAUGAAACUGUAUGCAUUAUGAUUGUUAUUAUUAUUAUUAUUAUUAUGAGUAUAAUUAAUUUAUGUUUUCAUGUACAUUAAAUAAUUACCUACCUUAGCAUACAUUCUGUGAGCUCUCUAAUUAAUUUGCGUAUGUAAAUUGUAAAAUAGUUUGUUGUAAGCAGCGAAGUACAAUAAUUUUUAUAUAUAUGCAUAAAAUACAUACAUACUUAUGAGCCAGGCCGUUAAAUAGUCUAUAAUGAGAGAAUUAGAGAUGCUGAGAACGUGUUAAAUAUUGAGAUAUUGUAUUUUUAACUUGCAUAACUAUGAAACAAACAAAAAAAAAAGCACUUUUAAA